AUGGGCGGCAACACCAGCAAGGUCACUGCCCAGGACAAGGCGAUUCUGGACCUGAAGAUCCAGCGCGACAAGCUCCAGCAGUACCAAAGACGCAUCACGAUCCUCACCGAUAAAGAGACGGACAUUGCCAAGCAGAUGCUCGCCAAGGGCGACAAGCCAAAGGCGCUGCUCGCGCUGCGGCGCAAAAAGUACCAGCAGGGCCUGCUCGCCAAGACGGACGCGCAGCUCGCGCAGCUCGAGCAGCUGACGUCGAGCGUCGAGUUUGCGCAGAUCCAAAAGGACGUCGUCUUUGGCCUGCAGCAGGGCACCAAAGUGCUGCAGGAGAUCCACAAGGAGAUGGGCGGCAUCGAGCACGUGGAGAAGCUCAUGGGCGAGACGGCCGACGCGAUUGCCUACCAGAACGAGGUCAGCGAGAUGCUCGGCGGGCGCAUCUCCAACCAGGACGAGGACGAGGUCGAGGACGAGCUGGCGGCCAUGGAGGCGGGGAUUCGAGGGCCGGCGCCGGAGAGGCUGCCCGAGGUGCCGAGCGAUAGGCUGCCAGAGCGGCGGCAGCAGGAAGUGUCAGACGAGGAGCCGCUGCGGGAAACGAGGCAGCCGAUGCUGGCAGAUUAG